AUGCCACCGCUCCCGAGGUGGCACUGCCGGAGCCGCCACCACCGCCAGGGUUGUGACCCCGCGUCCCCGGUGUCCCCCAGCAGUGCCACCAUGCGCCUGCCCCGCUGCCUCGUGCUCCUGGCCAGCCUCGUCCCGCCAGCCCUCGGCUCCUGGGGGGUCUCCUACCCCGAGUCGCUGCAGGCCAGUGGUGGGUCCUGCCUGGUUGUCCCCUGCACCUUCAGCUACCCCGCGGAUGUGACAACCGCCGACGGCAUCGUGGCCAUCUGGUACAAGGACUACGACGGCCAGCGGACGUUGGUGUUCCACUCCGCCACGCCCCAGGAUGUGGAUCCCCAUUUUGGGGGUCGUGCCCAGCUCCUGGGGGACCCCAUGGCCCGGAAUUGCACCCUGCUGCUGCAGGGGGUGACGCCGGGGGACAGUGGCCUCUACAGGUUCCGCUUCGAGAUCAUCAACGGCGACCGCUGGUCGGCAUCGCGGGAUGUGACCCUGAGCGUUUCGGAGGAUCUGGAGCGUCCCAGUGUCACCGGCAGCGACGAGCAGACCGAGGGACAAAGGUCCACCUUGGAGUGCUCCACGCCCUACGUUUGUCCCAGGGGUGACACCGUCCUGCGCUGGGAGGGCUACGACCCUCAGGUGUCCGAAGUGUCCAGCCACGUCCAGCUGGACACCAGCGGGGUCAGCCACCAGGUGACCCUGACCAGCUCCUUCACCUGGAAGGACCAUUCCAAGAAGCUGCUCUGCGAGAUUUCCGACGGAUCCAAGCGGGCGAGCACGGAGGUGGUGCUGCGGGUCAGGCACGCCCCCAAGGACACACAGGCGUUGCUGAGCCCUUCCUCGGGGAACAUCGGCGUGGGUGACACGGUGACCCUGAGCUGCCAGGUCGGCAGCAGCCACCCCCCGGUCUCGGGCUACCGCUGGUACAAGGACGGGGUGGCCGUGGCCACCGAGCGGGUGCUGGCCCUGCGCGGGGUGCGCCGUGAGGACCACGGGCGGUACCACUGCGAGGCCCAGAACGCCCUCGGCACCAGCGUGUCACCUCCUGUCACCCUCCACGUGUUCUCCGCAGAGAUCUCGGCCAGCCCCGCGGCCGAGGUGCGCGAGGGGACAGCCACCACCUUGUCCUGCGACGUGCCCGGGCGGGAGGGACAUCCCGAGGAGCUGACCUACACCUGGUACAAGAACGGCGCCUGGCUCAAGGAGGGCCCGGCCCACACCCUCCUCUUCCCCGCGGUGGCCGCCGCUGACGCCGGCUACUACUCCUGCCAAGUGACCAACAGCCAGGGCAGCGACACGGCCCAGGCCAUCAGCCUCAGCGUGACGUAUCCACCCCGAAUUCCCACCCUCACGCUCUUCCAGGAGACCCAGGGUGGCCGGCUGGUCAUUGUCCACUGCACUGUGGACAGCCACCCUCCGGCCACCUUGGCCAUCGGCCGCGAUGGCACCGUGCUGGCCACCAGCGGGGCGCAGGUGGCCCUGGGCCAGCGCCUCGGUAUCACCGCCUCCCGCAAUUCCCUGCGGCUGGAAAUCCGGGAUGCAGGACCCCGGGACGGCGGGAAGUACGGCUGCACCGCCACCAACGUCCACGGCAACGCCAGCGCCACCAAGGUCCUGGUGACCCGCGCUGCAGGGCUCCUGGUCCAGCCCUCGGCGGAGGUGACGGAGGGGACCGCGGUCACCCUGACCUGCGUGGGGACAGGGGACACGGAGGAGGAGCCGCUCUACACCUGGUACAGGAACGGCCGGAGGCUCCAGGAGAGCUCAUUCCCGACCUUGGAAUUCCCGUCCGUCCGCGGGGACGACGCCGGCGCCUUCCAGUGCCAGGUCCGGGGCAGGAACGGCAGCGACACGUCAGAGGCUGUCCCGCUCCGAGUGCUCUACCCCCCGAGGCAGCCGGUGCUGAGCUCGUUCCUGCAGAGCCAGGGUGGACGCCUGGGCAUCAUCCAGUGCUCCGUAGAGAGCGAUCCCGAGUCCAACCUCACCCUCCGGAGAGGGGACGAUGCCAUCGCCUGCACCCAGGGCUGUCCCCAAGCCACCAGCCCCAGAGUCCUCGUCACCAGGUCCUACAACAGCCUGAAGGUGGAAAUCCGGGACGUGGUGGUGGAGGAUGAGGGGAUUUACGUGUGCCAGGCUGGGAAUUCCCAAGGAAGCGCCAGCGCCACUGUGGAUUUCAAGGCGGACACUGCCAAUGUCACCGUGUCCCCCUCCCGCCACGUGCUGGAGGGUGACAAUGCCACCCUCACCUGUCACCUGAGCAGCGGCUCCAUGGCUGUCCCCAAUGUCACCUGGUACCACAACGGGCAGCAGAUCUCCACGGGCUCGGCCACGUCGCUGGAGCUGCGGCCGGUGCGGAGCGGGGACACCGGGCUGUACCGGUGCCAGGCCAGCACCGCCAGUGGCAGCCGGAGCUCUCCCGACGUCCUCCUGGACGUGCUCUACCCCCCUCGGGACCCUCUCCUGGCGGCUUUCCUGGAGGCCGAGCAGGGCUCCCUGGCCAUCUUCCAGUGCUCCGUGGCCAGCAACCCCCCGGCCCGGCUGGCCCUGCUCCGCGACCAGGAGCUGGUGGCCACCAGCGCCGGCGGGAGCAGCCCGCGGGUCAGCGUCUCCGCUGUCCCCAACUCGCUGCGGGUGGAGAUGCGGGAGGUGACGCCAGCCGACGACGGCAGCUACCGGUGCACGGCCGCCAACGCGCACGGCUCCGCGGAGCGACGGCUCUACCUGCGCGUGCAAGCCGCCCGAGUCCUGAUCUCACCGUCCUCGGAGGUGCUGGAAGGUGACAACGUGUCCCUGAUGUGCCAGGUGGCCGGAGAGCCACCGGGUGACACCGUCUACUCCUGGUACAAGGACAGCAAGUGGCUCCAGGAGGGUCCCGACAGCGUCCUCGUGCUGUCCCCUGCCACCAGCGCUGCCACCGGGCUCUACCACUGCCGGGCCCGGGGCUCCGCGGGGACCAGCGUGUCCCCCGCUGUCACCUUGCGCGUCUGCUUGGCCACCAACGCCCACGGCAACGCCAGCGCCGCCGGGAACUUCUCCGGAGGAGCCGCCCGGGUCUGGAUCUGGCCGUCCCCAGACGUGCGGGAAGGGGACACUGCCACCGUCACCUGCGCGGUGGCAGGAGGGGACCGGGACGUGCUGAGCUACACCUGGUACCGGAACCAGGUGUGGCUGGGCACCGGCUCUUCCCAAAAUCUCACCUUCCCCGGGGUCACCACCUCCGACGCCGGCUCCUACCAGUGCUCCGUACGGACUCCGGCCCGGAACCACAGUGCCACUCCUGCCACCCUCAACGUCCUCUACCCCCCCAGGAACCUACGGCUGCAAUCCUUCGUGGAGAGCAGCCAGGGGACGGCCACCAUCCUGCUGUGCGCCGUGGACAGCCACCCCCCGGCCCAGCUCACCCUGCUCAAGGGGGGACACCCGGUGGCCUCCAGCCCCCCCAGAGGAGGUGACACCCCCCGGCAGAGCAUCCGCGCGUCCCCCUCUCCCAACGCACUGCGCUUGGAAUUCCGGGAAGCCUCCGAGGAGGAUGAGGGUGAAUACGAGUGCCAGGCACGGAGCGCCCUCGGCGACACCCACGCGUCCCUCACGCUCCGGGUGCAAGCCACCAGGGUGCUGGUGCGACCCUCGGCCGAGGUGGCGGAGGGGACAGAGGUGACCCUGACGUGCCAGGCCCCUCGCGCGCAGCCGGGGACCCUCUACACGUGGUUCAAGAACGGGCGGUGGGCGACAGAGGGACCCGAGCCCUCGCUGGGGCUCCGUGGCCACCGCUCCGACGCGGGGCUCUACGGCUGCCGGGCGGGCCGGGGGCCCCGCGCCACCCCCGUGGGCCUCGCCGUGCUCUAUGCCCCGCAGGAGCCCAGCUUCGUGGCGCUGGUGGAGCCCCGCGGGGGGCGACAGGCGGUGCUGCUCUGCUCCGCCGACGGUGUCCCCCCGCCGGACAUCUCCGUGAGCAGGGGACAAGGCCACCCACCCCUGGCCACCAGCCACGGCUCCCCUGACCCCCGCUUCGAGGUCCGGGCCACCCCCACGUCGCUGCGGGUGGCGAUGGCGGGGCUGGAGCCCGGCGACGCGGGGCUCUACCUGUGCUCGGCCACCAACAGCCGCGGCUCGGCCACCGCGGCCCUGCGGCUGGAAGUGCCAGGGGUGACGCUGGCGGUGGAGCCCUCGCAAGAAGUCCUCGAGGGCACCCGGGCCACCAUGAGCUGCUCGGCCACCGCGUGGGGGGACAAAGGUGUCAACUACACGUGGUACCGCGACGGGCGGUGGCUUUGGGAGGGACCGAGCGGCUCCUUCGUCCUCGGCCGCGUGUCCAGCGCCGACGCCGGCUCCUACCGGUGCCAGGCCAGCGGGACAUGGGGCACGGCCACCUCUGUCCCCCUCAGCCUCAGUGUCCUCUACCCUCCUCGGGCCAUCUCGGUGAGCACCUUCCUGGAGAACCAGAACGGGCGCGGGGCCAUCGUGCUGUGCACAGCCCAGAGCCACCCGCCCUCCUGGCUGGCCCUGCACCACCGUGGCCACCUCCUGGCCACCAGCCUGUCCCCCGCUGUCACCCCCGGGGUCCGGGCCACCCCCUCACACAACGCCCUGCGCGUGGAGCUGGUGGCCGCAGGGACGGGGGCCGGGGGACGCUACGUCUGCGUGGCCACCAACGCGCUGGGCAACGCCACGGCCAGCGCUGACCUCGACGUCCACACUCUCAGCCACCUGUGGACCUUCCGCGUCCUGUCCGGGCUCCUCGUGGCCAUCGUGGCCAUCGCCAUCGUGGCCCUGCUGGCCGUGAAGGUGUGGCCCAGGAUCAGGAAGUUCCGGAGCUGGUCCCGUGCCGAGGACACCCUGGAGCUGAGGAGCAAACAGGACCUGCCACAGAUGGAUGGAGCAUCCUGACCCGCUGGCUCUUGGACGCCAGGCCGGCUGUGGCCGCUGGAAUUUCCCAUUCCUGGCUGGAUCCAGGGACUCCCCCGGGGAUCCCCCAGCCCCAUUCCAGCCCUUUGUCCCUUCCCGAUGGACCCUUGUCACCACCUCACGUGCCAGGCGCCACCAGUGACACCUCCGGGCUGGGAAAUCCCGGGACAAGAAUAAAAUCCAACCUCCCGGUGCUGGGAACGUCCU